AUGCAAAGCAGACAACCAAAUAUUAAUGCUAGAAAGGGUGAACAUCAACAACCAAACAAAACAAUUGUUACAAAAAAAUUACUUGUACAAGAAUAUAAAGAUAGAUUAAAAAAUAAUGUAAAAUCGUUAAAUGAAAAUUUUGACAGAAUUUUGUGUUUGAUAAAUGAUGAUUCUUCACACAAAGCUAAUAGUACUGGGCAAUUAAGUGAAUAUUAUGCUAUGAGGGAAGAAUUGUUAGCUCGGGCAUCUUUAAUGGUUAAAGCAACGGAUGAAGUACAAAUGCUUACAAAUGAUAUACGCGAAUUUUUGAUUCUUCGGGAUUUUAAUUUUAUCAGCACAUCAAUUGAUCAGUAA